AUGGGAAAAAGUUAUUCAAAAUUACGUUCAUCUACAAAGUCUCAUUACUACAAAUUUAAGCGUUUAAAGAAAGUUUUUCAAGGUGAUGUCACAAUUAUAGAAGGUAGAAAAUUUUAUAAUAUAGAACAUCUAUAUUAUCAGCUUCCAAGUGACGAUCUAGAAAUAGACAGAUUACAAUUGCAACAUUAUUUAAUGAGAUAUGUCUGGCAAUUAAAAUUUUCUUCUCCCGUGCGUGACCUCUUACGCGAAGGUGGUGUACGUGUUCUUGACGUUGGGCCACUAACAAUUAAACCUAAUAACACAGAUUUUGUAGAAGUUGAUAUAUUAGGAGGUCUUCCAUUUCCAGAUGAAUACGUACUUUGA